GAAUAGGGCUUUCCUGUUUAGCGGCCGCGUCUCUCUAACCCUGGAGCUCUUUCAGUAAAACAAGCGCUGCGAGCCAGCCGGGAACUCGGUUUAGCCCAGAGGAUUCGGCUGCGGGUAGAAAGGCCCCAUUCUCCCCACCAGCCACCGCCUCCCCGCCCCCCUCCCACGCCGCAUCAUAGAAACCCCCCGCGGGUUGCUAGAGCGGCGCCGUAGCCCCCGCCCUUCUCUUCCGGCGCCGAGGCGCACUUAACCGCCAUAGAGACGCGGGCGGCGGCGGCGGAGCCUCGGCGUGGCCAGUUGGGCGGCGGGAGUGGAGCGCGUGCCGAGGCGGCUUCUUGUUUCAGGGCUGGGCGGGGGGAGCCCGGAAGGGCCUCGGGCGGUUGGGCCUCGAGCGGUUGUACCUGCGACCAGGUGAGCCGCGGGGGGGGGAGGGGGUGCCCCUCGGGCGGCGCCCCCAUAACUGAGGCGCCGUGAGGAGAAGGGCUAAGCAGCGCGGAGGGGAGCGGCCUUGUGAGCGGGAGGAAGGCGCCUCCCUUCAGGGGGGAGGCGAGGGAAGUGUGUGGGGCGACUGGGAAGAACUCGGGGUCCCCAUGGCGGCGGCGGCGGCGCCCGCCAGUAGCGGCUCCCGGGCCGCCCCCAACCCGGUGGCGACCCUCCACGAGGAGGCGGUGUGCGCCAUCUGCCUGGACUACUUCAUCGACCCGGUGUCCAUCGGCUGCGGCCACAACUUCUGCCGCGUGUGCAUCACUCAGCUGUGGGGCUCGGGCUCGGAGGAGGGGGACGACGCGGGCGCCUCCGGCUCGGACGGCGGGUACGGGCCCGGCUCCGACGCGGGCGGGGAUGACGGAGGGGUCGACGACCUGGGGCCGGAGGAGGACGCCGACCCCGACGAAGACGACCUGGAGGACAACGAGUACUUGGAUGAUGGCGGGGACAUGGAAGAGGAGGAGGAGGUCGUGUCUCGGGAGGAGGAGUUCGACGACGAAGAGGACGACGUGUGGGAUGAUGAAGACGAAAGAGCCUACUGGGCCCAGCGCCCCGGGUCCGAAGACAUGUGGGACGAUGACAUGGGGAACGACUUGCUGUUCGACAGCUACGACGACGACGAGGUGAUGGACGAGGAAGAGGAGCCGGAGGAUGAGUAUACCGUGCCCCCGACCCCGCCGACCCCCCAGAUGCGCCCGGCUUUCAGCUGCCCCCAGUGCCGCAAGGUUUUCCCUCGCCGCAGCUUCCGCCCCAACCUCCAGCUGGCCAAUAUGGUGCAGAUCAUCCGCCAGAUGCACCCGCAGCCGUUCAACUCCGUGGCGGUGUCCACGGAGGCCGUGGAACUGGCGGCGGCAGGGGAUUCAUCCGGAUCGCUGUCCGUGUUAGCGGCGGGGCGAGCUCUGAGUGCUGAGCGAACCCUGUGCGAGAAGCACCAGGAGCCCCUCAAGCUUUUCUGUGAGGCAGACGAAGAGCCUAUCUGUGUUGUGUGCAGAGAAUCGCGGGCCCAUAAGCACCACAGCGUCAUGCCGCUGGAAGAGGUUGUGCAAGAAUACAAGGCCAAACUUCAAGGCCACUUGGAUCCACUGAAGAAGAAACUGGAGACUGUUAUGAAGCAGAAGUCAGUCGAACAGGAGAAAAUAGCAGACCUCAGGAACAAGAUGAAGCUCGAUAUGAAAGACUUUGAGGCGGACUUUGAGCGGCUGCACCAGUUCCUCAUUGGGGAGCAGGCACUGAUGCUGCACCAGCUGGAGGACCGCUACGAGGUGCUUCUUGCCAGCCAGAGUAACAACGUUUCCCACCUCGAGGAGCAAGCUGCUGCCCUCAGCCGCCUCAUUGCAGAAGCGGAGGACAAGAGCAAGCAGGAUGGCUUGCAGAUGAUCAAGGACUUCAAAGGCACUUUAGUCAGGUGUGAGAACAUUACGUUCCAGGACCCAGAGAUGGUGCCAGUGGAUGCAGGAAAGAAAUUUCGAAACUACUUCCUUAUAGACGUCUUAAUGAAGAAGAUGGGGAAGAUCUUCUGCCAAGUCCCUCAAGCUGAAUUGAUUCUGGACCCCGAGACGGCCCACCCGCGCCUCACCGUUUCCUCGGACUGCCUCGGUGUCCGGCUCGGAGAGCGCUGGCGGGACCUGCCCGACAGCCCCAAGCGCUUCGACUCCGACUACUGUGUUCUGGCCUUGCAGGGUUUCACCUACGGCCGCCACUACUGGGAAGUGGAGGUGGGGGGCCGGCGGGGGUGGGCUGUGGGGGUGGCCCGCGAAUCGGCCCGGCGCAAAGAGAAGUCCGCCGGCGGAGGCUCCCACCAGAAACGGGAGAUCUGGUGUGUGGGGACCAACGGCAAGAAGUACCAGGCUCUGACGACCACUGAGCAGACCUCCCUUUCCCCAUCUGAGAAGCUCCGCCGCUUCUGCGUCUUCCUGGACUAUGAACGGGGCCAGCUGAGCUUCUACAAUGCCGAGAGCAUGGGCCAUAUCCAUACCUUCAACGCCUCGUUCCGCGAGCGCAUCUUCCCCUUCUUCCGCAUUCUUUCUAAGGGGACCCGCAUCAAAAUCUGCAAUUGAUACGGUCGCUGCUGUUUCUCUUGCACGUAGCUAAAUGCAACCCCCUCCCUAGCGAUAAAUCCUCCUGUCACAGCCGAUUGACCCUGACAAGAUCCCUGGUCUGUUUCAGUGUUGGACCUUGGAGGAUUCCUUACCUUGCUGUCUUCUUGUGGGUUCGCUCUGAGCGGGGAUUCCCACCCCCACUUCCAUACAUCUAUUAUUGCACAGAUAACCUUUUUUUGGUGCUCGGCCAGAUAAAUUUUUAUUUCUUUCCUGUGGCUCACUUCCAUCCUAGCAAGAAUCUCUUUCUCUUCCCCCACGGGGUUCUCUUUCCUCCUGUCCUCCAGGAUCUCUGGGACCUGGAUCUCUCUGACGAGCUGAGGCCCAUUUGGCAUGUGGUUCUCUGACAGUGGUGGCUGAGUAGUCGGAGGUUCAUCUUUGACAUUCCAAAGACACUUGAACUGUCUUACGCCAGGCCCUCAGGUCUUGUGGAUUGUGUUAACUUUUGGUGCCCAGACAAGAUAGCUAGUCCCAACAUGUUCUUGGAGCUGUAUCCAGUCCAUGCUGUGAAUCAGUUCGUUCUCUCUCUCUCCCCCCCCCCGUCCCCCUGCCUUGCCGUCCCAAGGCACCAGUCACCUCCUGAAACCACUUAAUAGUGGUGAGUACAUCUAAAUUCAACUCUACACAGAAAUUGUCCAGCCUGGUUUCCUGUUUCGGGUAUAGUUCCUUCUUCAACUUCCUCAGUGUCUUGUCUCCUGAUGAUCUCCUGUUUUGCAUCUUCCAGUGUUUACACACACAUCAAAUUUCAUUUUAUUUUUACGGAACGCCAGUUUUGCCCCUCUGUUCCAGGUGUGGUUUGGAUGUCCCUGUUUGUCCCUCUUUCCUUUAUGUUAUCCCCAUCUCUUUUACCUGGAGGGAGGUAUUCAUCAAUACUACUAGUGAGAUAGAAAGAUAGGUAUAACGGCCAUUUUGGAGGUGGGGGUGGAGAAAUGACAGGUCCAAGGGUGGUGGUUAUUUUCUGGGGCACCAUUGGAGUGCUGUGGCUCUUGGGAUGAAUGUAAUCCAACCAGGAGCUUUGGUGAUCAAACUUCAUCACUGCUGCCUCACACACCCCUCACCCUUGUAGGACUUAAUUAACUUAUUUUUAAUUGCUUUUUCCUCUCACGCCCCAGGAUCUGCAGUGUGGAGUCUCUUCUCUCCUGACUGCAAGACACUGGAGGCCUUAGCUGUGCCAGCUGUUAUGUGUUGGUUCCCCCGCCCCCUCAAUUCUUUUUGGCAUUACAGAGCUCCUUUUGAACUAUUUUUCGCUAUAUAUGUAAAAAAGACUUACAAUGGAGAUCUAGUUUUUUGGGAAAAGUUGAGUAAAUAAAUACAAUUCUACAAGUGAA